AAAUAAAUAAUAAUUCUUGAAAAAUUUUACAAAUAGUGUUUUUUUUUAAAUUUAAGGUCACAAAAAGUGGAGAAAGAAGAAAAAUAAAACAAAAACAGAAAAUAAACAAGAUGUAAUUCGGUGCUAAUCGAUUAAUAAAUUUUAAAAAUAAUCGUUGUUAAUGAUAUCGUAGACGCAACUUUAAAUUAAAUUCUUCCAACUGAAUUUUCACCCUCUGUUCCAAUAUAGAUAACCAAAUAACGUGAAAAUGGAAGGCGAAUCAACUGAAUCAACGCACAAUACAAAAGUGUCAGACUCAGCUUAUUCAAACAGUUGCAGCAACAGUCAAUCACAAAGAAGUGGAAGCUCAAAAUCUAGAUUAAGUGGCAGCCAUUCAUCAGGAAGCAGCGGAUAUGGCGGAAAACCAUCAACUCAAACGAGUAGUAGUGAGCUUCAUACUAUGCGUGGUAUGGACAAAACACGUAAGAAGAAAAAGCAGAAAUGUUCUACGCAAACACUUUCAAAUACAAUCGAAAAUCCAGAAGAAUGUGGUACAUCCAAAGAAGUAAAAGCUGAAGAACAAUUAUUGGCUGCUUCAGAGAAAACUAAUUGUCAAAUGGACGGCCAGGAACCAUCUGUAAAUGACGAGUUAACUGAACAGCAGAAGUCUGAUAAUUACUCACAAUUUACAACUUCAUCCCCUUCACCAGCAACAGGCGAGUACACGUCAUCAAAACCAGAAAAGUCUGCACCUGUUACUUUAAAAUCAGACCAGAAAUCAGUUUCAAGAUCAGAGAAAAUUAAAGAGGAAAGUUUCUGUUGUGUUAUAUCAAUGCACGACGGUGUUGUUCUCUACACAACCCCAACAAUAACAGAGCUUCUAGGAUUUCCACGAGACAUGUGGGUGGGUAGGUCAUUCAUUGACUUCGUACACACCAAAGACCGAGCCACUUUUGCAAGUCAAAUAACAACUGGAAUACCUGUGGCUGAAACACGUAGCACCAUCACAAAAGAUGCUCGUACGUCUUUCUUUGUUAUGAUUCGACGUUAUAGAGGUUUGAAAUCGGGUGGCUAUGGUGUCAUUGACAAGGCACUUAUGUAUGAGCCAUUUCGUUUGUCCUUGACUUUUCGAGAAGCCCCAGAAGAAAUUCGACCAGAUGGCACUGUGGAAACAUCUGGAACAACUAUGCUUUUAGUUAUUUGUGCUACUUACGUUAAGAGCUCUUACAAAGUACCAAGUGAAGUCCUAUCUCACAAAAGUCCCAAGUUCUCAACCCGGCACACAGCAACUGGAAUUAUUUCCCAUGUUGACAGUUCUGCUGUAUCACCUCUAGGUUACCUUCCACAGGAUUUGAUUGGUAGAAAUAUUCUUGAUUUUUACCAUCAUGAGGAUUUGAUUCUUCUGAAAGAAAUUUAUGAAACAAUUAUGAAAAAGGGUCCAACAGCUGGAAAGUAUUUUUGUAGCAAACCAUAUAGAUUUUUGAUACAAAAUGGUUGUUACAUUCUAUUCGAAACCAAGUGGACAAGCUUUAUGAAUCCAUGGUCAAGAAAACUAGAAUUUGUCAUGGGUAAUCAUAGAGUCUUUCAAGGUCCGAAGAAUUGUAAUGUUUUUGAGCCUGCAUCGAAUGCAAAAACUUCACUUUCCGAAGAAACUCGUAAUCGCAGUAAUCGAACAAAGGAAGAGAUAUUGAAAUUAUUAUCAAAAACUUUACCUAAAGCUUCAGAUACUGUUAAGCAACAAGUAUCAAGACGUUGUCAAGCACUGGCAUCUUUGAUGGAAACAAUUAUGGAUGAGGUUUCUCGACCGGAUCUUAAAUUAGAUCUACCACACGAAACAGAUUUGACAAUCUCGGAAAGAGGUUCCGUAAUGUUGGGUGAAAUCUCACCCCACCAUGAAUAUUAUGACAGUAAGUGCUCAACUGAGACACCGCCCAGUUAUAAUCAACUAAACUACAAUGACAACUUGCAGAGAUUCUUCAACAGCAAACCUGUAACGGCUUCUGAAAUUGUUACACUCAAAAUUGAACAACCAUAUAAUGAGCCAGUAGAUGGAGGCAUUGCUCUAAGUCCAAUAGAAUGCUUCGAACAAGGUGGUGGUAGUGGAUCAUCUGGAAAUUAUACAACAGGUAGCCAUUUUCAUAUGGGAAGCAUCACAAAUACCAGUAACCCCGAGACAGGAACGUCAUCAGAAAGCGUUCAAUUGCAGUCACUCACAGAAUCGUUGAUAAAUAAACACAAUGAUGUCAUGGAAAAGUUAAUGCUUAAAAAACAUCGAGAGUCAAGAGUUCGACUUGGGAAGAAAAAUCUUGAAAAGUCUCAGGACAUAAGCAUUCAUGGAAUCAAACGAUUCGGAUCACAUUCCUGGGAAGAAGAAGUAAACAGGGCAUCCAAGCACAACCAUUUAAAUCCCGGCGUCCAGAUGGGUGAAGCAAGUGAACUGGCCAAUACUAAAAAAAUGUUUCCACAAAUGCAGUACUUUGGUACUCUUGGCGAACAGUGUGGCAUACCGGCAGCUGGACGAACCAAUAUGUGGACACCAUUAUCAGUUGGUAUGCCUCAUAUGCCUCAUACGGCACAAACUGCAUCAGCAAUGAGUCAGUUUCCAGCACAACAAAGCAUGUUCCCGGCACUUUAUUAUAUUCCAGCACAAACUAGCAAAUAUAUUCAUGACAUUAAAACAAGUGCCACCGGUCAACCAGUACAUUAUUCAGAAGGUUUAAUAUAUCCACCUCCGCCGCUUGUCUAUUUACAUCCCACAAUGGUGCCGAUGUCAUUUGCAAAUCUAACCAGUUCUGUGGCACUACCGGAUCAGAUGAGCCGAACAUCAACUUUUACAACGACACAAUCUUUGAUGGCUGCACCAAAUCAAACAAAGACGCUUGACUCUUAUCAUCCCAUAACAUCUGGACAACUGCAAAGAUCGUCCUCGCAGGCAACGUCAGUGAAGGCGGAACCAGGCUCAAAUAUGGCUCUUUCAGAUGUAUCCAAAAAAGGAAUAGUCGAUUCACCAAUUCAAUCAGAAACUGAAGAUUACGUCGCUGAACAACAUAUUGAAAUAAUUCAUAAUCAAAAUACUGAUAGUAAUGGCAACAAUGACGACAUGGAUGGUUCAAGUUUUUCAAGUUUCUAUUCUUCAUUCAUAAAAACAACCGAUGAUUCUGAAGGUCCACAGGAAAACGAAAAAGAAACCAAUUAUAGAAAAUUUAAAGUAGGAUUAGUAGCUAAUUUGAUUGAAACUGGGGGAGAAGAACAAACACAACAUGGAGAUGGAUAAAAUAAAUUAGUUUUAUUUUCUUUGCAUUUAAAAUGUACCUAUGUCACAAGAGAAAAACAAAAACUUAAGACAUUUAAUGUACCUAUGUAUACAAUUUAUAAGCACUUUUAUGUGUGUACUUUCUUUUUUGAAAGUAUACUUUUGCACUUAAUGUCAAAAUUUAUAUAAAUAUUUAUGUAAGGUUUUCUCCAUGGAAUGCUACACAAUUUAAUUUAUAAAAUAAGCUCGAGUUUUUACUGAAAAGCAAGAAUAAAAGUUAACUGUGCUAAACAAAGGACAUUUCCUAGGC